AAACCACCUCAGAUCCUCGUAUAUAAAUACAAACACUGAUACCCAGAAUGAACUCAGAUGCACCAUCUCUCUCUCUCUCUCUCUCUCUCGCUGAGUGUGCCUAGAGGUGAUAUAGAACAUAGGGGCUGUAAAGGACACACACAAUUAAGGAUAGGUUAUGGAGAUGGCCGGCGUCGAGUGUCAGACAAAGGCCACCAGCAGUCCAGGCCUUAAGCUCUUCGGAUUCCAGGUCUCCGACAGCGACAACGCCACGAACGGCUCGGGGGAUGUGGCGGCAGCAGACAGCUCCUCCUCUGCUUCCGGCAGCGUCGCAGGCGGUGGAGACGUGAGGAAGUACGAGUGCCAGUACUGCUGCCGCGAGUUCGCCAACUCCCAGGCUUUGGGCGGCCACCAGAACGCCCACAAGAAGGAGCGGCAGCAGAUGAAGCGCGCCCAGGUGCACCAUCACCACCCACACAUGGCGUCACCACACCGCUCGCCCGCUGGUAGCUUCUACCACCAACCCAUCGCCUCCGCCUUCUCCCUUCCGCCGCCGCACCUCCUCUCGCCUGUUCAUCGACCUCCUUCCCCUGCUACGACGGCGACGAUGACGACGGUUGUGGGCCUCCAGGCGACUGCCGCCGGAAGUUGGGUCUACUAUGCUCGCGCCGCUCCGCCCCUUCCUCUGUCGCGCGCUUGCGUCGUCCCGCGGUCGGUACCAACCUACUACUCCUACGCCGAAGACAGUGGCAGCGAGCUGUUCUACGACGAUGGCCGACCGACCAGUGGACCCGCUCUCCCGGGUGCGGCUCCAGCGGACGGUGCGGCGGAGGACUCGUACGGGUUGGACCUCCACCUCAGCCUCGCUCCCGCUCGUUCAUGAAUCGGUCUCGACACGGCGACGCUCCCGUGCUUUCUUUUGUGUCGUACGACCGAGUUCUCGAUAUCUGAUGAAUUCUAUUGGACUUUUAGUUCCCUAAAUUUCUGAUUUCCCAAUUUUCCAUGUGAUUCUCUUCUCCACUGGGUGACUUAAACCCCAUACUUGAAUGGCGCCAACAAGAUUUUCUAGAACACAAAAAGAUUUAGAAGAAAAGCUUAGCGAGUCUGCUCAGUGAACGAAACGAGCGGAUUCGGUGUCUCGGCUCGUCGCGGCAUCAGUGAGUGCGGUGGUUCAGAAGCUGCCUCGACCAGCGUACAACGGCCGACGCACUCGACCAAUAACUGACGUCAAAGGACACGAGGCGGACGAUGACACGAAGUACAGAAGAAGUGGCUGAGCCCACCUUUGGGUCGGAUCCCGACAGCCUCCAUGGAAUCCGAAGUACCAUUCCCAUGUAGCUUGAAGCGGGGGACUUGUACGCGUGUGCGUUGCCACUGCAAGUGUUUUCUCCCCUGUAAAGCUCCAAAAAACAAAUAAAUAUCGAAUAUAUUUUAUCGUAU